AUGGCGGCGACCACGCGAGCUCUUCGCCAGGCCAGCAGCCUUUUGCUGCGCGACUGCGCACCUGUCCCCCGACUCUCUGCACGGUCAUUCUCUACUCGAACACCCUCUCUCGCUGUCCGACAACACCUGGUAAACCCAAAAACACCCUCGUGGCAGCAAGUCAAGAGAUUCACAAGGUCCACAAAACGUCGUGCUCUGGUACAAGAGGCCCCUCGCCCCGAGGCCUACCUGGAAAGUGGUGCUAUUGACUAUGGGAAGAACCUGGUCGACGUCAAGAAGGUCAUAGUCAUUGGCAGCGGUGGUUUGAGUAUAGGACAGGCAGGAGAGUUUGACUAUUCUGGGUCACAAGCGUUGAAAGCUCUCAAAGAAGCCGGCGUCAAGUCCAUCCUCAUUAAUCCUAACAUUGCGACCAUACAAACCGAUCACAAGCUCGCCGACGAGGUCUACUACCUUCCAGUCACCCCCGAAUAUGUGACAUAUGUCAUUGAGAGAGAGAAGCCGGAUGGCAUUCUGCUGACGUUUGGAGGCCAGACCGGCCUCAAUCUGGGUGUCAAAAUGAAUAAGAUGGGUAUAUUUGACCGCUAUGGCGUCAAGGUGCUGGGCACAAGCAUCAAGACCCUCGAGACCAGCGAAGAUCGGGACCUGUUUGCAAAAGCCCUCAACGAGAUCAAUAUUCCCAUUGCUGAGUCCAUCGCUGUUGGAACCGUCGAGGAAGCUCUUGACGCCGCUCAAAAAGUUGGGUACCCGAUCAUCGUCCGCUCAGCCUACGCACUUGGUGGCCUGGGAUCAGGUUUUGCCAACAACCCCGAGGAGCUCAGCAACCUGUCAUCUCGAUCUCUCUCUCUGUCGCCCCAGAUCUUGGUCGAGAAGUCCCUGAAAGGCUGGAAAGAAGUUGAGUACGAAGUGGUCCGCGAUGCCGAGGACAAUUGUAUUACUGUCUGCAAUAUGGAGAACUUUGACCCCCUGGGCAUUCAUACCGGAGACAGCAUUGUCGUCGCGCCUAGCCAGACCCUGAGUGAUGAGGAGUACCACAUGCUGCGGACAGCGGCGAUCAAAAUCGUCCGUCAUUUGGGGGUGGUCGGUGAAUGCAAUGUUCAAUACGCACUGCAACCCGACGGUCUCGACUACCGCGUUAUUGAAGUAAAUGCUCGUCUUUCCCGAUCAUCGGCGCUCGCAUCCAAGGCAACCGGCUAUCCUUUGGCGUAUACAGCUGCAAAAAUCGGUCUGGGCCACACCCUUCCCGAACUGCCCAACGCCGUAACCAAGACGACCACCGCCAACUUCGAGCCGAGCUUGGAUUAUAUCGUCGUCAAGAUCCCUCGCUGGGAUCUGUCAAAGUUCCAACACGUGAAGCGUGACAUUGGCAGUGCCAUGAAAUCCGUGGGAGAAGUCAUGGCCAUCGGUCGCACAUUUGAAGAAUCCUUCCAGAAAGCCAUUCGACAAGUCGAUCCCCGGUAUGUGGGAUUCCAGGGUGACAAAUUCGACGAUCUCGAUGAUGUUCUUCGCAACCCUACCGACCGAAGGUGGCUGGCUGUCGGGCAAGCCAUGAUCCACGAGAACUAUUCAGUGGACAAGAUUCAUGACCUGACCAAAAUUGACAAGUGGUUCCUCUACAAGCUGCAGAACCUCAAAGACACAAUGACGGAGAUCCAAGAGAUUGGUUCUCUUAACGGCAUCAAGCACGAGCUGCUGUUGAAGGCGAAGAAACAAGGCUUUUCUGAUAAGCAAAUCGCCAUGUACGUCAAAUCUACUGAAGGAGAAGUCCGAGCCCGUCGACAGAAAUUCGGUAUUCGACCAUGGGUGAAGAAGAUCGAUACGCUUGCAGCCGAGUUUCCCGCCGAUACCAACUACUUGUACACAACGUACAAUGCAUCAUCUCACGACGUCGCCUUUGAAGACAACGGAACCAUCAUUCUUGGAUCUGGAGUCUACCGGAUAGGGUCUUCGGUCGAAUUCGAUUGGUGCGCUGUUAACGCAACGCUGUCUCUGCGCAAUAUGGGCCAGAAGACUGUCAUGAUCAAUUACAACCCGGAGACAUUUAGCACUGAUUUCGACACUGCCGACAAGCUGUACUUUGAAGAGUUGUCGUAUGAACGGGUGAUGGAUAUCUACGAACUCGAGAAUGCUUCGGGCGUGGUUGUCAGCGUGGGAGGUCAACUUCCGCAGAAUAUCGCGCUGAGGCUACAAGAAGAAGGCAAGGCGCACGUGCUUGGCACUAAUCCCAUUGAUAUCGACAAGGCCGAAGAUCGCCACAAGUUCUCGCAAAUCCUCGACUCGAUCGGGGUGGAUCAACCCGCGUGGAAAGAGUUGACUUCGGUUGCAGAUGCCGAGUCCUUUGCUGACUCUGUGGGUUAUCCUGUCCUCGUCCGACCGUCGUAUGUUCUAUCCGGUGCUGCCAUGUCCGUCAUCUACACGCACGAAGAGCUGAAGGACAAGUUGGAAUCGGCCUCGGCGGUCUCCCCCGACCAUCCCGUGGUGAUUACUAAAUUCAUCGAGGGUGCUCAAGAAAUAGACGUGGAUGCUGUCGCAUCAAAAGGAGAACUCAUUCUGCACGCUGUGUCUGAACACGUCGAACCCGCAGGUGUUCACUCCGGAGACGCCACUCUAGUUCUGCCUCCGGCCAAUCUUGACGAGAAGGUGAUGGCUCGUGUCAAGGAGAUUGCGCAAAAGGUCGCCAAGGCCUGGAACAUUACCGGGCCAUUCAACAUGCAAAUCAUCAAGGCAGAUGCCCCCGGCGAAGAACCUGCUCUCAAGGUCAUUGAAUGCAAUCUUCGUGCUUCACGGUCAUUCCCUUUUGUUAGUAAAGUGCUUGGGACCAACUUUAUUGAUGUUGCGACCAAAGCAUUGGUUGAUCAGGAUGUCCCCGAACCCCAAGACCUCAUGGCCGAGAAGCGUGACUACUUGGCUACCAAAGUUCCACAAUUCUCGUGGACUAGGCUGGCGGGUGCUGACCCCUUCCUGGGUGUUGAGAUGAGCAGUACUGGUGAGAUUGCGUGCUUUGGAAAGGACCUGAUCGAGGCGUACUGGGCAUCUCUCCAGUCAACCAUGAACUUCCGUAUGCCUGAGCCUGGCGAGGGAAUCCUGCUUGGUGGAUCCACCGAGCUUCCAGAGCUCCCCAAGAUUGUUGAGUAUCUUCAACCCCUUGGCUACAAGUUCUAUGCGGCAAACCAGAAUGUCAAGGAGCAUUUGGAGAGGUCCGGCGCAUCGAUCGAGGUGAUUGAGUUCCCGACCACGGACAAGAACGCGCUACGACAAGUGUUUCAGAAGUACGACAUCAGGGGGGUUUUCAACCUGGCAAAGACUCGAGGCAAGACGCUCGUGGACGAGGAUUAUGUGAUGAGAAGGAACGCCGUGGACUUUGGCGUCCCUCUGUUCAUGGAACCCAAGACUGCAUUGCUCUUUGCUCAAUGCAUGAAUGCGAAACUUCCUCGACAGGAAGGAAUUCCCCCAGAGGUCAGGAGUUGGAGGGAAUUUGCUGGUUUGAGGAUGAUGUAA